CUCCAACUCCCUCCUUUCCCCCUCCCCGCCGCCGGCCAUGGAGCCGACUUUUCCCCCCAGCAUGCUGAUGUUCAGCCACCUCCCGCCCGUCACCACCUUCGCCCGCCUGGGCUCCGACCUGCUGCCUCAUCCUCCGCCGCCGCACAUCCUGCCGUGCCCGGGAGACAUGAUCCUGAAGAAAGAGCCCGGAUCCCCCCCGAACAACGACUUCAUGCACGGCCUGAGCGCCAUCAAGCAGGAGAAGAUCGGGGAGCACGAACAGUACCAUUACUACGGGGAGAGGCCAGCCGAGAUCCUAGAGGUGACGGUGGGGAGCAUCCCAGAGCUGGGCCUCAACAGAGAGCUGUUAAUAAGAACUGAAAGAAAUGGCUUCGAUCCAAAACAAACUCCAUCCAUGAAGAAGAGCAGGCGUUCAGGCUCAGAAGCUCAGGAAGCAAAAUCCAAACGCAGGCGGAGUGACUCCUCUAAAUCUUUAGGUCUUGAUGGUGACCCUGCUAAUCUGUCUCCAAAUCAGAAACCUCAUAUAUGUGAACAUUGCACUGCUGCUUUUAGGAGUUCCUAUCAUCUACGCAGGCAUGUCCUCAUACACACAGGUGAAAGGCCAUUUCAGUGCAGUCAAUGCAAUAUGAGUUUCAUUCAAAAGUAUUUGCUACAACGACAUGAAAAAAUUCACAGUGGUGAAAAACCGUUUAAUUGUGAUCAGUGCAACAUGAAGUUUAUCCAGAAGUAUCACAUGGAGAGACACAAGAGGACUCAUAGUGGGGAGAAGCCGUACAAGUGCGACACAUGUCAGCAGUACUUUUCAAGAACAGAUAGGUUGCUGAAGCACAAAAGGACAUGUGGUGAAUCCAUAAACAGAGGAGCCUUGGAUCCGGGGUCAUCAAACCCAAGUUUGGAUAACUUAUCUGUUAACUUUGAUUUAUCUCAGGGAAGUUCACAUUUUUCUGGUCGAAAGAAAGCAAAGUCAAAAAAUGGUUCCAACCACAAGGACCUUAAAUCGGGCAACAAGUUAAACGAGGCACACUUGGCUGCUGGCAUUGACAUUCAUACGUAUGCAGUGGACGGUUCAAUGGUGUCUUGCGGUAAUGGCCCAUCCGGCACUAGUUUGGAUGAUCUGAACAGCAAAGUGCCAAAAUUGGUGUUUAAGAAGGGGGGCCGGAAGCAUGCAGAAAAGAAUGACCACUCCUUGGCUUCCCAAUCGGCACACAUGGCCAUCCAUAAACUCUCAGAUAAGGCUAAUGGUCCUCUUGAUAUGGUGAGCACUGGCAAUGUAGACACCAUGAAUCUUCUUCACACGUCAGGUAACAAAGGUUCUACCAGUAGCAAUUAUGAUGAUGCAAUGCAGUUCCUGAAGAAGAGAAGAUAUCUGCAGUCCACUGGCAGCAACAAUGCCUAUGCUGUGAAUGUAGGGCACAUGGUGGCGCAACAGUCUGUCAUUCAGUCUGCUGUUUCCAGUGUUAUGGAUGGGGACGGCCAAUUAACUCUUAUUGAUUCCCAUGCCUUGAAUGUCGAAAUAAAGAACUCCCAUGACAAAUCCGUCAUUCCCGAUGAGGUUCUCCAGAGUAUCUUGGAUCACUACACUCACAAAUCAGUUGGGCAUCCUGAUGUGACCUUCAACAUGGGCGAACAACAUGUAGAACUGCAAAAUGCAAACGAGAAUGAUUUGGUCCAGGAGGAAAACACCUGCUCAGAUUCUCAGUCUACACCAAAUGAUAAAACCAGUAUGUUUCAGGAGUAUUCGAAAUAUCUCCAGCAAGCUUUGGAAAGAACAAGCCAUACGACUUCAUUCCCUUUGGGUCCGAGUUUACAGUUCGUUAGCCUCGCCUCAUCUCUACCCAGCCCUUCCCUUUUUUCCGACAAACAUAUUUACACUACAUCUCCGCUCGAUUGUGGCUUCAGUCAGUCUGUAACAUCAGUAUUGCCGUCCACGUUACCAAAGUCGAACUUUGGCAUGGUGGUGGCACCCCAUACUGGUUUUUCCUUAUCGCUGGGUACACAGCAGCAGUUGACUCCUUCCCAAGAGUUAGCUGAUCAAAUGGACUCGCAGAAAGCAUUAAACAACUCCUCCAGCUACCAGAUCUCAUCUCAGGAAUUGAACGGGCAGAAAGAUCAGCAAAAGAGCCUGGAGUCGACUUCAGGUUUUCACCUUCAACCUCAGGAUAUGGCCAGUUCCUUAGAACAGCAGAAACACAUCAGGCCGCAAGUGACGUGCCAGAUCGAGAACUUUGCACAAGCAUUUGGUUCUCAGUUUAAAUCUGGCAACAGGGUGCCAAUCUCAUUUAACACUAGCACUGAUGGGGGAGUGGAUCACAGGUUGAGGACUUCAACUGCAGAAUUCUCAGGGUACACAACUUUGCUAUCUGAUGUAAGCGAAGCAGGUAGCACACGAGUGAAGACUUCCCAUAGUCAAAGUUUCAGGUGAGGAUUUAAGUUGCGCCCCCCCACCCCACGUUUUUGAGGUCUUUUAAAACAUGGUGUAUUUUUUUUGUUUGGAAAACACUGCCAUCAAAAAUGUUUCUACACAAUCGUUAAUGAGAGUUAUGUAAUCUAUGCCCUGUCAAUGCAAUUUUUUUUUUUUCUUUUUACUCUAAAGUGUUGUGAUAGUUCAGAUUGUACCUAAUUUUUAAACUGAAAUUAGUUGGCAGGGGGGAGGGUGCGGGAACAGGGUAGCCAAACAUAAUUUGGGAGAUCACUGCUCAGAAGUCAGUUUGAUUUCUUAAUUACAAGAUCCAGAGGGACAAA